AUGGUAGAGGUGUGCAUAGGUCGUGGUUGCACGUGGUUGUCGUUGUCAACACCAGAUUCUGUGAGAGCGUGUAAUCCUGUUUGGGUGUGCUCAAUACUUUGGCUGCAAGGCUGCUGUAGCCUGCUGUACGAAGCUAUGACUGGGCUGUGUAUGGAAUGUAUUGUUGCUAUCCUUGUUGUUGUGGACGGUCUAGCCAUUACGGCGGAGUUACUGAUUCGACUGGACAUUUUACAGGAGCCCGGGGGUGGACCAACAGGUCCUCCUAUGACUUCAACCCUAAAUUUCAGCACUCCAAUCAAUGCUACCCCCACCCAGGACCCCGACCCUGGGGGCAGUAUCUGUAGGAGGUGUGUGAACAUGGUGGAGCCAAUACAGAUCACAUACUGCGUGGCACAUUAUACUAGCGUCGUUAUCGGAGGGACGUUUUUUACUGAGAUGUUUUUGCGAGUUGUUUCUGGAAGGUCAAAAGUGUUCAAAGACUUUGUUCAGAUUUGUGACAGUUUGAUUGUCGUUUCUCUGCUUGCCAUGGAAAUAUUGUUUACUUUGUUCUGGGAUGACGUGUUAUGUCACCAUCCCGCUGUAGAAGCUGCCACCUACAUUGUGUUGUUCCGGUUGUGUAGAGUGCCUCGUGCAUGUACAGUUUCCAAACGAGUGUUUUCAGACAAGGUAGAUAUUGAACUACAUUACCUGAUGAAGGCCAAGAAGAAAGCAGAGGAGAAAGGCGUCGAAUUACGUGAUAGGUUAAAUAAGAAACAGCGAGAAAUUGAUUCAUUAAGCACGCAGUUGAAGGAAACAAAAGACCGAAUGUCCGCUCUCGAAAGAGGUAGCAGUGAGUUGUGUAACGGUCAUGUUUUGGAUGGGACGGACAAAUCCUCUACAGAUGCUACAGAAACACUGUACUCUAAACCAAUAAAGAGACCACAAGUCAACGGCAAUGUUCCGCAGCACACCACUCCAGGACACGGCACCGAAAAAACCCAAGGUGGUUACACUACCAUCAUACACACCACGUACCAGAAAGCUGAUGACGUCAUCACCACCAGUGCAAAUGAAGCUAAUGUUGUAAAUGAGGUUAAUCAUCUCUCUUCAGAAAAUUCAGCAUUGAAAGACGCUUCUAGUGACGUUACAGACUCUUCUCGAGAAAUAGGUAGUGAGGUCACCGAGUCGCGCGCGCUCGAUGGGACUGGUUCCCAUGGAGAUAGUUUUUCCUUGGAUGCAAGGAAUUCUACUUUUGAUAGUUCAGAUAGUUCUUACCUUGUUGAUGUUGUUCCGAAGAGGAACAAAGUGAAAAGGUCGAGAAGUGAGAGUGCUUUAUCCACCGAAAGUAAAAUAGCAAUACAUGAAUUGGAUGUAGCAAUAUAUCGAGGUAAUCACCAGCAUUAUUCCUGCGGUGUGGAAAACAAGUCGUACGAGGGAGAUGAAGAGGUGGUGGAGGAGGAAACAGUGCAGAUGAGACGUCUCCCAGUGAUGGCGGAGUAUGAUGGUACUCGUACCUACAGAAGUGCUGAAGGUGUACCUCUCACGGAUCUUUGA